GCAUUUUCCGGCUGAACUGUGAAAACUUCCGGAUCGAAACUCGGACUCGCAGCCACAAACUGGUUCCAGCGCAUGUACUAAUCUUGUAUAAACGGAUAUUAUAUUAGUUUUAGUUACGAAAAACGAACAUAAGUGUUUAUGAUGGAUAUUCUUAAAGCUGAAAUAGCCAGAAAAAGAAAACACAUUGAAGAAAAACAGCUCGUGGACGACAACAAAAAAUUCUUCAAGAGAUCAGAGCUUGCUCGCAUGGAACAAGAGGACUACUUUAAAAGAUGUGGCUAUAAGACUGAUAACACCGACGAAGAUGAUUCGUCCACCUCGGCUAAUCCAGUAUUGGAAAUGGAACUAACAGAAGAAAAACUGCCAAUGACUCUGUCACGACAGGAGGUGGUUCGACGUCUUAGAGAAAGAGGUGAACCAAUUCGACUGUUUGGAGAAUCUGAUUAUGAUGCCUUUCAGAGGCUAAGAAAAAUUGAAAUUCUGACCCCUGAAGUAAACAAGGGUUUGAGGAAUGACCUCAAAGCAGCCAUGGACAAGAUUGACCAGCAGUAUCUGAAUGAAAUUGUCGGAGGUACUGAACCAGGAGAGGUGGACACACAGCACGACUUGAAAGUACAUGAAGAGAACACAACUAUAGAAGAACUGGUGGUUCUGGGUGAAACUUUGGGAAGAGGAGAUGAUAAUGGAGACCAGGAUGUUAUCGACAAAGUUUUGAGGUUUCUUCUUGGUGUUUGGGCCAAGGAUCUCAACAGUCGAGAGGACCAUGUUAAGCGGAGUGUUCAGGGCAAACUGGCCAGUGCUACACACUCUCAGACAGAGUCUUAUCUCAAGCCACUUUUUAGGAAACUCAGAAAGAAGAGUUUGUCAGCCGACAUCAAAGAGUCAAUCACAGAUAUCAUCAAAUUCAUGUUGGAGAGAGAAUACGUCAAGGCAAACGAUGCCUAUCUCCAGAUGGCCAUUGGAAAUGCCCCUUGGCCCAUUGGUGUGACCAUGGUGGGUAUCCACGCCCGUACUGGACGAGAAAAGAUUUUCUCCAAACACGUAGCUCAUGUUCUCAACGAUGAAACACAAAGAAAGUAUAUUCAGGGUCUUAAGAGGCUAAUGACUAUCUGCCAGAAACAUUUCUCCACAGAUCCUUCUAAGUGUGUGGAGUACAAUGCUCUCUAAUUGUCAGGUUCAUUGAUUCACACUUCAUUGUUAACAUUUGUCAAAGCAAUUCAGUGGUGGCUUUUACUCUCACCAAAGCAGGAUCAUUAAAGAAAGUUGUCUUAAAGCACAGAUGGAUUUCACUGGGAAUCACAUGUAUUAAAUUAAAUUUUGGUGAGGUUGUACAGUCAGAAUAACGCAAGCAGGAUAUCUUGACUGAUAUUUCUGAAGAAAACUGUCUCAGUUCACACGUUAUUUUCUCACAAUGAACAUGUUUUUAUUAUGUUCGGAGGAACUUAUACAUUUUGUUUUAUUUUAUGGGCUGGAAUUAUUACCCUUUAUAUCAGCUUUUUUCAGCAUGCAUUCAAUUUGUAGAAAAAUAUCUAAUAGUGUAAGUUUUAUUACAUGGGUGAUAUUAAAGUGCUUUGUGUUAAAAAAUUA